AGAACCACUCAUCUUCCUCCAUCCACCACCAAAUACAAUCAAUGACUCUUAUCAUGAACUAAACAAACUAGAACCACUCAUCUCCCUUCCCCUCCUUAUCCGAUCUCACCGCAGACUCCCGAACAAACCCUUCAUCUCCAUUCCAAUGGCCCUCUCAUCCGAAUCUGUUAUUGGCGGCCAUGUAUCUGAGAACGAAGUAAUUUUCAUUCAAAGCGACGACGAUGGUGUGGAUGAUUCAAAGGAGAUUGAAGUCAUCUAUUACCAUGAAGAGGAAGACAUCAUAAUCAUUGCUGGGACUGAGAAGGCGCAGUUGAUGCUAGACGACGGCCAGAGGUAUGAGAUACUCGCAAUGGAGACUUCUCUGGGGAUCUUCAAACCUUGGGAUCCGAAGACAGAUAUAAUGAAGUUCAUGCAACCCACUUCAGAUGUGAACUCUUCAGUCUCAGAGAUCAAUUCCAAGGCACAUCUUUUGCAACAUGGUAUUGAUGAAUCGUAUACAUGUUGGAUAUGGAAUGGAGAGCUAAAUCCAGAGGAUGAACCCCCUCACCCACACUAUAAACGUGUUCAUGACUCAUUUGUCGAUGGAAUAGAUGAAAACAACGAAGAAGAUGACAGCUCUUUUGAAUACUCUGAUUUCAUGAACCAUGUCCAAGGGGAUUCUGAACCCCUCUACCUAGGAUGCAAGAGCUACACUAAGCUCAAGGCACUAGUGAAAUUAUAUAACUUGAAGGAAAAGCAUGGGAUUUCUGAUUCAUGCUUCUCUGAAAUUCUGCUUUUGCUAGGGACAUUUCUCCAAAAGGGCAACUUCAUGCCUUCGUCAUUUGGUGAAGCAAAGAAGACCUUAUGUGCUUUAGAUAAGAAGGCUAUGGAACAACAAGAAGAGAUGGAGGAAAUUGUUGUUCUAGAAGAGGAUGAAGAAUCUGAGACAGAAUCUGAAACUGAAUCCAACAAUGUUUCAAUUCUUGAAUACCCACAAACUCCAUCACCACUGUAUAUCGAAAAUAAGAUAACACUUGCAGAAAUGAUUGCACGAGGUACAGUGGUGAUGCUUCCUGAAAGCCCAAAAAGUCAAAUCGUACAAGAGGUGAAGCCUACCGAGGGUCCUGUCUCGGAACCGCCUUCACCCGCUGCACCAGAAACGUUGGAGGAACCUGUCCUCCUUACAUGUGUUGAAGACACUUCUCCAGAGGAACCUGUUCUGGAGAAAUCUGAGCCCACCACCGACCCCCUUGAUUCCGAUACUGAUGAGUCUGACAAAUCUAUAGACGAGAAAUUACCUUGUGAUGCCGAGUCCAUUCCGUCUAUAGAAACUAUCACUGAAGGCUCAGGGGAAGUCCAUGCCGUAAUCAUCUAUCCACCAACUGAAAGUCAGCCCAUUGGGGACUUGGAAAGUCAGAUCCUGGCACUGAAGGCUAAUGAUGUGGAUACACCGAGGAGACUCCCACCACCACCCAUCCAAAACGAGUCUCCUCCAUUUUUCUUGUUGCCACCAAGCCGUAAGAAUGAGUCAAAGAUCAUGGACUUUGACUGGAAAAGAACAGAACAAAGGUGGCAUCAGAAGAGAGUCAAAAAGGUUAAACUUUAUGACUCUCAGAUCGGUUAUGAUGAUUGGAAGAUCAUGAUGGAAGCACAUCUCUACGCUCUACAUGAUUGCAUGUGGAUGGUGCUUGAGGAUGGACCCUUGAAAAUCCAAAUGGAGAAUCCUGAGAGGAAUCCAGCAACUCCAGACGUAGUCCAGUACAUUCCAAAGCCCAAGGAAAAAUGGGAUGAUAGAGAUUGCAAAAAGCACAAUCUGGACAACGUCGCCAAAGCAGCCAUCUUCAAGACACUCAAUCCCAUCACCUUCUCCAAAAUCAAGCAUCUCAAGACUGCCAUGGAGAUAUGGCAAGGUCUUGGGAAGCUAUGUGAGGGAUCAGAGGACUUGAGAAAGCAGAAGAUAGAAGUCCUGCUUGAGAAGUUCAAAGGCUUCAAAAUGCUUCUCGGAGAAUCAUUUGAUAUGUUGGAUGAAAGAUUCCACAAAAUCUUAAAUGAUCUUGCCUCACUUAACCACGUUCUUUCUCCCAAAGAAAAGAAUGUAAGGUUGCUAAGAUCUCUUCCAACCGAGUGGUACACCAAAGCCACAGCCAUGGAAGAAGGAAGAAACCUGGAAAACUACACUGUCCAGGGUCUUCUUGAUGAGCACAGAACCUAUGAGCACGAGCUGAAGAAGAAGAAGGAAGAACAAGUCACUCCCUUCCCCACGGCACUAAUGACAACCCCCAGAGUCCCAACAAGUGAAGGGACAUGCCCAAGAAAUUGUGACACACCUUCCUCCAGCCAGCCGUCAAGCUCAAAAAUGGAAAACUACGAUGAGGAAUUUGCCAUGAUGGUUAAGCAAUUCCAGAAGUUCAAGAAAUUCUUCAAGAAGGCUGACUCAGUCAGAAGGCCAUCCAAGGGAAAGCCACAGGUAAGUGACUCUCCUCCUGAAUCUUAUUUGUGUUAUAACUGCAGGAAGCCUGGCCACUGGAAGUCAGCAUGCCCGUACCCAAAGGUGGAGAAGUACGGAGAGAGAGAAAGGAACGAGAAGAAAAAGAAGGCAAUGGUUGCUGCUGAGAGUGACGAGUCAUCCAGCUCAAGCUCGGAUGAAGAAGCCCUUGUCUGCAUGGAGCGCAGAGUUGAAAAGUCCAACCAUGAGGAUAGGUGGACUAUGUCAGAAGAUGACACUCUCUGCCUAAUGGCCAAAGAUGAUGCUGAUCAAGAGGUAACUUCACAAACCUCCUGCUCAUCUUCUUAUGAAAGCAUACCAACUUCUGAAAAUCUCUUUGACCAGUUCAAAAAGAUGAUGGUAGAUUUUGAGGAAAUAAAUCUCAAACAUUCUUCCUUAACAGAGGAGAACAAACUAUUGAGUGAAGAGAAUCUCAAGUUGACUGAAGGUCGGAAAAGUCAACUGGAUGAGAUCACUCAACUCAAGACUGAAAAUGAAUCUCUCUCUGAAAAGGUGAAAUCCCUUAACAAAGAACUAGGGACACUUAAGUCCAAAGAAGCAGUGGAUAAGCUUCUUGAAACGACCAAACAUAAGGGUCGUGAAGGACUUGGGUUUGACCCCUCCAGUUCCAAAAGAAAAGGGAGAACAACUUUCAUCCCUCCUAAACCUACUGCUAAACCAAAUAAGCAGAAAGGAAAGGAAAAGGAGAAACCAACAGAAGUUCCCAAAAAGGUAGUCCCUCCUAAGAACUAUAGGAAGCUAGACAAACCUCAAAAAGGAAAUAAUUUCAGAAGAAAACCUUCUAACCCCCAUUAUACACGAGGCUAUACUCAUUAUGGGGUAGAUAGGAGUUUUCCAAGAAAUUCUGAGUGAAGAACUAUGCCAAGAUAUAGUCACCCUCCACCCCAGAAACUAUUUGUGCCACCUAAGUAUGCUUAUAACCGACACAGGCCACAUUAUG